CAUACAGGGCCGCGAGAUCAGAUGCGAAGCUCGAACAUUCAGCUUCAACACUGGAGGAUAUGGGCCGCAAACAAGAGGAGGAGGGCAGUUCCUGGAAGAAACAAACUAACAAUAUCAGGAAAACGUUCAUCUUCAUGGAAGCGCUUGGAUCAGGAGCCUUUUCAGAAGUUUUCCUGGUGAAGCAGAGAGCUACCAGCAAGCUCUUUGCUUUAAAGUGCAUUAAAAAGUCACCGGUCACCCGGGAGAGCAACCUGGAAAACGAAAUAGCUGUGCUGAAGAAAAUAAAGCAUGAAAACAUAGUAACUCUGGAAGACAUUUAUGAAAGCUCAACCCACUAUUAUCUAGUCAUGCAGCUAGUGUCUGGAGGGGAAUUAUUUGACCGUAUUUUAGAACGAGGUGUAUAUACUGAAAAAGAUGCAAGUGUUGUAAUUCGACAAGUCCUGGAAGCUGUGCAAUAUCUUCAUGAGAAUGGGAUCGUCCACCGAGAUCUAAAGCCUGAAAACUUGCUCUACCUAACUCCUGAGGAGGACUCCAAAAUCAUGAUCACUGACUUUGGUUUGUCUAAAAUGGAGCAGAAUGGCAUCAUGUCUACAGCAUGUGGAACUCCGGGAUAUGUUGCUCCAGAAGUGCUACAACAAAGGCCAUAUAGCAACGCUGUGGAUUGCUGGUCAAUAGGAGUCAUUACUUAUAUCCUCCUGUGUGGGUACCCUCCUUUCUAUGAAGAGACAGAGUCCAAGCUGUUUGAAAAGAUCAAAGAAGGUUACUUUGAAUUUGAAUCUCCAUUCUGGGAUGAUAUCUCUGAAUCAGCCAAGGAUUUCAUCUGUCACUUGUUGGAGAAGGAUCCAAACGAGAGGUUCACCUGUGAGAAAGCCCUCAGACACCCCUGGAUUAAUGGAAACACAGCCCUCCACCGUGACAUAUACCCAUCUGUCAGUGCACAGAUCCAGAAAAAUUUUGCAAAAAGCAAGUGGAAGCAAGCUUUCAAUGCUGCAGCUGUUGUUCAUCAUAUGAAGAAACUCCAUAUGAACGGCCACCAUGCAGACACCAAUGCUGGAAGUGGUGUCCCAGUCAUAGAAGUGCAAGAUACAUCAAGGCCCAACAGUCCACCAGUCACCAAUCUGGAGCAACCAAAUCAAGAUGCCAGUACUUUGAUGCCUCUAUUGCCAUUCCACAAUGUGUUGGAUUUUUCUGGUGAACAGAAAAAAAAGACAGACAGCACUUAUUUGAAUAAGCUGGUUAGCAAGUCUUCACCCAUGAAUGCCUGCACAGCUACAGCAGACGACCAGAGCUCUCCAAACAGAUCUCCAUUUGGCUGCUCUUCAGCAUGUGGAACACAUGAGAAAGUGAAGCCAACCUUUUGUUCAGAGUCGGCGCUCUUCAAAAGAACUGUUAAGCCUCAUCACUUCACAUCAGAGGUCCUUGUUCCAGGGAAAGCCAGUAACCACUCGUAUUUUGGCACUGGGCACACUGGAGUUUGUUUGAUCAUGUGACUGGAGAAACAGCCAUAUGAAUCACAUGCACACUUUUACAGAAGGGCUUCAAAGGGCUUCUCUGUGCUUCAAAGUCAAACAUCAAUAGUGCAAAAAGAGAGAAGAGCCUAAAUUCUGCCCAGCACAGCUGCAUUCUCAGACGGCCGUGGCCAUUCAUUGAAGAGGUGGACAUCCAGAGGCCUGACAAAUCUGACGGUGUGAUUACCUUGAAACGUUAGAAGGGUCAUUUCAUUGAAACAGAGAAGCAGUUUUAUAGAAGA